AUGACACAAGGUGAACUUUCAAUUGCCCAAUAUUGUCAAAAACUGAAGGCCAUCAAUGAUCUCUUGUCCAAUAUCGAGAACCCUAUCCCUGAAAAGUCGUUUAUUGCACAUCUGUUGAAUGGCUUAUCCCCACAGUUCGAAAACAUAUCCAUGCUUCUUCGCCACAGGGACCCGUUUCCAACCUAUAAUCUGGUCCGCUCCAAGCUUCUGGUUGAAGAAAGCAGACUAAAAUCGAACCGCCCAACACCACCUUCACACUUGGAUCACUCCUCUGCACCUUCGGUCUUGUAUGCCGCCAACAGUAGCCGUGCACCGUCUUCCUCUAACCGCAGUGGCCGUCGUCCUAAUCAGAACCGCCGUGGAGGCGGCAACUCUGACUCGCGUCGCCCGAAUACUUCUGGGUCUGGUCAUAUGCAGCAUCCCCAACCGGUUCCUUGGAACCCAUUCACCUUACCGUGGCAGACUUUUCCUUGGGGAUAUCCACCUUCUUGGCCUGACUACAGACCCAAUUCAGCAGCCCAGCAACGCAGGCCCAACUCACCAGCCCAGUCAAUUCAACAUGGCAUUCUUGGUGCCCCACCUUCCGCUACAGCAGCUGCGUAUCACACCACCACCACUCCGACUCUUCGGCCUCCAUGGCAGUGGUUCCCCUUCAAUAUCUCAAGAUCAGCCUACCGACCUCGCUUAAGCCUUCAACUCCUUGAAUGUUACUGA